AUGCUCAAAACCAAGCCUUCUUCCUCUUCUUUGGCUUCUAAUGUUGGUGGUGGCACCACCGAUCUAAAUAAUAGUAGCACUCUUAGUAUGAAUAAUAGUCAUCAACGGAUUAAACCAGUGAAGGCUUUUAAUUCAACUUCAACAAAAUUCUUCUCUGGCUUGUUGUCUGCCAUUCCAAAUCCGAAGAAUAUUACAUCAGCUAUCGGGAAUGAAAUUAGAGAAAUUACGCCACGUAGAAAGAAGGAGAAGAGAGAUGUAAAUAAUCAAAAGCAGGGAAUUUCCUUCUCGGAGUGGCUUAGCUUUAGGAAACCACCUACUAAAAGUGCAACAACAA